CGUCAGCCUUUCCGAAUCCUCGAGAAACAUGUCCGUCGAUCCCGCGGUGUUUACUCCCUGGUUCGGCCCGCAGAAGGCGGCGGCCUACUUCCGCUCUCUCCUCGCAGAGGACGUGUCAGAAACACAGGUGCUCAACACCAAUCGGUAUUUAUUAGAAUGUGUCCAUAGAGAAGCCAUUGCUCCCAAGAUUUUCGCCGUAUGGCUUUUUCUCGCCCACGCCAGAUGUCCCAGCAUCCUUCGGGACGCCCUGUGGGAUGAGGCCUCACGUGGUGUGCGCCAUGCCGGCAUGAACGUGUUAAAAUGUGCCAUGAAAUCAGAACACUGGCGGGAGAAAGGCUGGGAGGCAGUUGGAGGAGCGGUUGGUCUGAAGGAGGUUUUUGAGAAGCUCAGCAUACAAGAGGUGAAUACCCUGGCGAGAGCCAUCGGCUCGUACUCCAGGACCAACGAUCCUUCCAAAACGCGAGCCAUAGAUGAGCUUCUCCAGCUCUUGACCCCGAAGGUGUUCGAAGCCUCGUCCUCCCAGACCCGGCUUGACGGAUCGCGACAGCUGCUACGCGUCGAAGACCUAAUGCCGUUGUUCAACGUUGCCAGCGAUGCCACCUUGAUCGGAGUGUUUUCCACAGACCGAUCUUACAACUUCAUCGACCCCUUGGUACGACAUUUGCUCCACUCCCACAUGCCACUGCUGAGGGAAAUUGCCGCCGGGCGCGCGCCAGUUGAUCCUUCACUGAAGAAGCGUUUACUCGAUACCCAUCACUCUGCAAUGCUUAUAUCAUCUGAGCCUUAUGAAUCCAAAGCUCGAGGCAAACAGUUCGGCAUACCGGCAAUGGAUUUCACUCAGGAUAUUAUUGACAGAGCUUGCGGUGAGUCGAAAAAUGACAGUGGGAUAUCUUGGUAUACCCGGGUCCGCUGCAUCGACAUGACUCUGACUAUCGCCCGGCGAUUGAAAGUGCCGUUCAACGAGAUUCUCGCAUUUCUUGAGCGGGUGUUACCGACUCUGGAACAUCCGGGACAGAUGCUGUAUGACUGGAAACCCCUUAUUCUCAAGCUGAUAGAUUUCUGGGUUAUGGCAACUUUCCCAGAGGCAUAUCUAAUGUCAGUCUCGCAUGUACCUGCUGCACGUCAGCGCGAGAAACUGCAUCCGUCCAUACCAUCCGAGGCCCACAGAGGCCCCUUGGAGAAAAUGCUCCGAACGGCUUUUAGCACAAUGCCGAAGACAGAACUUACGGCUUGUCUUAAUGCCCUGCUUCCCAGAACUGUUGCAAGGGCAAAACUUUCCUUGCUAAAAAUUAUAUGCAAGCAUCUGCGGGGCCUUGAGAUCGACUUAGAUCUGCCCGUGCCGUCUAAAAGCGAGGAACAGCUUUUGCCAUGGAAGUCAUCACUCCUCAUGUCUUUUCCGGGGCAGGAUGCAAGUUGGCUAUUCGAUCGCGCGGCACACUUAUCCCCAACAAAAGGUUUGAUCACGUCCAUCAGGUUUGAGUGGCCGGUAGACGGAGGGGACUCCUCUUCUUUCCUGGAGACCAUCGUGCGAGUACAUUUUGAGUCUACGGAAAAGGGACAGACCGAUGCUCAUGAUUCUGUGACACAUCGAUUAAUAGAAGACGUCAAACUCAGGGCCACGAAAGCCCGUGACCCGGGGGAUCGGCUGGAGUGGGCAAAGCUUACAAUCACCAUCGCCAGAUAUAGCCAAAACGUCCGAGUUUUGCGAGACGUUGUCCAUUGGGCAUCGCGUUUUUUGAAGGAUCCGUUUGUCAGACCGCGGCUCGCAAAAAGAAUUUACCAGACCGAUGUCGCAUCUGUCUUGUCCUGUGUGAUGGCACCCACUCUAGAAGACCUUGCGGCGGAUGUGGGCAUUGCCGAUGCGGUAAUAAAUCAUCUGAUGGAACAAGCGCUUCUAGCUCUGCAGGAGCCCUGGUACAAAGCCUAUGAAGAUCGCGAAUUUAGCUCGUUACUUCGGCGGGUCGUUUCUAGCCGAAUAGAUGCGGUGAAGACCUUGUGUUGCCAUGGCCUAGGAAGCGAAAACGAUGUGGUGGAAACUUUGUUUAAGGGGCUGGUGCCGACACUUUUGAAAUAUGAGAGUGUGGGCAUGACGGAAGGAUAUGAAUCCCUUGUCUGGGGACGCUUGUCUGGUCCCCUCACAGACAUUAAUUGCCCACAGAACCCACGAUGCGAGAUCUUGAAGCUCAUGGACUCGCUAGCACAGCAGCGAGAUCGGCUUUGGGCCCAACAGCGUCUUUUACGAAACCCUCAAACCGCAUCUUUCCCUGAGGGCUUACCUCGAGGCUUACCUCUUCAGUAUUUGUUUCCUUCGGAGGAAUGGACGAUCGCGGUGAUGAAGUGUCAACAGGCCAGCAGCUUCAUCACGGCAAGAGUCACUAACAUUGUCUUUUGCGAUGCCAGUAACGCCUUACAGAAGAUGGACCAGGAAGAUCGAAACUCGACCCCCUUGGUGGACAGCCUAAAAUUCGCUAUCAGGGUCUAUGUCGGCCAUCGACCUGUAAAAGAACAGGGAGCAACAAUGCUGGAAAUCUGGAGGCACUACUCAGAAAGGAUACCGUGUUCUGGAGGGCAUAUGGAGAGCAUCAAGUAUUACAUGUGCUCUUUGCUGCGAUCCAAAAGCCUGCAUAGAAUCGCGAGAAUCAUUGAUUCACCCCAGCUGCCUUCUCUGGACAUCUUUGACAGCAUGUCACGCGGCUCAUCAAGCGAAUGGAAUCCUCGCCCAAAGAACACAUGCCGCUUGUCAGAAAAUCUUCCAGAAGACACACUAUUGCAGUACCGGUUCUUUGCCACCAAGGAGGAAGUAUCCAUAGCAGCCUUUGCGGGGGUGCUCCCUCGUCCGAAAGGGUGGGGAGCGCCUGAAAAGCCCAAAACACCCGAUAUUUGGAAAACCUGUUAUAUCCCUUCUACAUAUUAUUGGGAGAACAAAGAAGCCCUCAUGGCCUCUGCCCUCUUGUUUCUGGACAGUCUAACCCUCAAUUCUGAACGCGUUCUAUCGAAGGGAUUUCCUGAGAAUGCAGACAUUCUUCGCUAUCCGUCAGUGCACCUGGACUACGAGUUCCUGUCCUCCGUUGAUAACCAGAGUCGGGCAGCGACGGCGGCUAUUUCUGUCCUCGAUGGCUUGGUGAGAGUCAUACCACCCAGCCUCUUGUAUAAGCUUUCACUGUCUUUCCUGGAAUCUCUUCGGGGGCUGGAAAGCAUGGCGCCAAAUUAUGCCCUGGUUCAACGGUGUGCUUUCGAAACAAUGGCUCUUGUGCGACGGUCAGACAAGCCCGAACUGGCUGGGGUUCUAGGAAUGAAAGCGCUGCAGCUAUUUCCCGAAGCAUCCUCAUGGCACCGGAUGGCGUUCCCUCCAUCACUUGCUAAAGUUCUCAGCCGCGAAAGCGCAACGGGAAUCUUACAAGAGUUCACUGCUUAUGUCUUCAAGGAACUACGAAAGCAGAAGGAGCCCAGAAGCGGAAAGGAUGCCUUGGUGAAAGCCGAAAAGCCAGGUAUCAAGAUUACCACCGUGAAGAUGCUGGGCACUAUGCUGGGAGAAAAUAAAUUUGGCGUGCCCCCUUCCUUUGCCAUUGGCGCACUGAAGGACCUAUUCGAUGCCAGCAAUCACAUCGAUGUGAGGGUGACAGUCUGCACGGCUUUACUUGAUAUCCUGCAAGACUACGACGACACUGACCAGGCCUACGAAACAUUUAUAUCGCUCACACCUCACGCUGCUGGGCCCAGCGAAAAAAGCGGGUCUGGAUCUUGGCUGCAAUCAGAGAAGGCAAAACUGCCCCGAGUUGACCCUCAACGCCCCCUGCUCGACCUAUUUACCAAAACAUCCUACAGCAAACUCCCCGUAAAAUAUCGUGAACGGUAUGUCAACGAGACCCUGCUACCUCUCGUUACAGAAUCGACGAGACAACAUAAUCUUUGGAUGCGUCGAUUCCUCUUGCGGCUUGAUUUAACGCCGGAAGAACGGUCGGUGACGGACUUUGGACCUUUCGCGCCAGAUCUAUUCCAUACAGUGAUGGACAGCUGGUCUGCAUAUCUCCCGCGGGAAUUUCUCUUAAAGUAUAGGUCAUUCGCUCUAUGCUACCUGGAUUGUAUAAAGCUCCGCAAUAUCAAUGACAGAUUGACUGCGCAGGAUCGAUCAUGGCGGACGACCAACGGAGGUGACCACUGGAGAGAGUAUUUCAAACGCGGCUGGGUAGUAACACCUUUCCGCCUCCUAAUGAGAUUGUUUCAAGACAGGGAAAGCCCGAAGGUAGCUGAUGGCAUAACUCGCGAAGCUAUUGCGGACGAAAUCGUCGCGUAUGCGUCAAUCAUUCUCCAAAAUCCAUUCAGCCUCUUCGCUGGUCAUGUCCUAGUAUCCUUGGAGCGGUUUACAAAUCUAGUCUCACAGCUAGGGGUCCACAACUCCGAGCGUAGAGCUGACGUCUUGCCGGUUGUGCAACAAAUAACAGCAAUCGCGGAUGGACUACGAACCGAGGACUGGAACAAUGAUCCGGAUCGCAGUCCUCCUAUCCUCCCCACCAAUGUCCAACUACAGACGUUGCUUCUGCCGUUCCCGCAUCUCCACAAAGAAUCGCCUUCGCGUUACACGACCUUUACUUCCAGCAUUCUGGCCUUGGUCGAAGAAUGUGCCGCCUCAGACGAGGAUGUUCUACAGCAGGCUAUGAGCCACGUGGCGAAGGAGGACGCGCGUCAAUGUGCCCUUGGAUUUGGUCAGGGUUACGGAUCCAGUACAAAUCCGCGGGUACAGUAUCUGAGGGUAUGGCUGGCGAAGGGCUUGGUGCUGAAAUGGAAGAUGACCCAGGACGAAGAUGAUCUGACCGUCCGAGAAAUGAUAUCCAACUGGAAGCGCAGUUCGAACGAGUCAAUACGGUCCAUUGGUUGGUCCACAUAUCCCCGAGCGAUGUGAUUUCGUGGAAUGUCAGAUAUCUACAUACUUCAGGUACUUUAACGAUAUCACGGAAUGCCCC